AUGGAGAAUGGACUCUCCACCCUCAGAUCUCUUCGCCUCGCACGAAAACAUGCAUUGCCCACUAUUCUUCUCGCUGGCAAGAGAAGGUGCGCCUAUGGGUGUGGAUGCGCUAGCGCACCCGUGGCCAAACGCACUGCUUUACGCAUUUCCUCCGCUGAGUCUGAUCGUACAUACACUAAAAAGAGUAAGGGAAUGUGGUCACUCAGUCAUACUGAACGCCCCGAAAUGGCCAGGGAAAUUGUGGCUGACGGAGAUAAUGCAGCUCCUGUGCGACCAGCCCUGGCCGCUCCUGCUGCGCAGAGACCUCCUCUCACAAGUGCGCGGGCAGAUCUUUCACCCAGCCCCGGACAAAGUGGCUCUUUGGGCCUGGCCCGUGAGAGGUUAAACUUGAGCAUUGCGGGUUUACCUCUGAGGGUGAUUGAAACAAUUCAGAACGCAAGGGCAGCUUCAAUGCGUUCUGCUUACGAUAGGAAAUGGAAUGUGUUUGUGCAAUGGUGCAUUCACAGACACAUAGUCCCUUUUUUCUGUUCUGUUGCAGAUGUGUUAUGCUUUCUGCAGGAACUUUUGGAUAAGGGCAGAGCCUUUUCAACAGUUAAAGGGAUAGUUCGCCUAAAAAUGAAAUGUCAUCUCUCUGCUACAAGCACAAACUCCGCUCUGAUAGAGACAGCACGUCUGCAAGACUUAAAGGAGUAG